GCCUCGCCAGCGCUACCCGCCUAGCCCGCGCACCAUGAGCGACGCCUUCUUCUCCAAGCCUCGCCCCUUCAGCAAGCGCAAGCGCACCGACGACGACGGCGGCAGCGCCCCCUCGCCCUCCAGAGGCGGCGGCGCCCGCAACGGCACCUCGUCUCGCGGCUCGUCCCUCCAGCGCGGCGGCCGUGGCGGUGACCGCGGCCGGGGCAGCUCGCGCGGCGGCAGGGGCGGGCGCACCGGCGGGCGCGACUCGCAGCAGCAGGGCGGCAAGGGCAAGGGUCGGCGGCGCGACGACGACGACGACGAGGAGCUCGACGUCGCCGACACUGGGUUCGACUCGGACGAUGCGGGCAGCCAGGAGCCCGAGGGCGACCAGGACGACGGCACCGAGGAGGAGGACGACCUCGAAACGCCGGCGCAGAAGCGCCUGCGGCUGUCGCAGAUGUACCUCUCGACGCUCGAGAAGGACAAGGAGGAGGACCAUGGCUUCGACGCCGCCGACCUCGACCGCGACAUCAUCGCCGACCGCCUGCAGCAGGACGUUCUCGAGCACACCGGCAAGCUCCACCUCAACGUCGCCUCGACUCUCCAGCUCCCCAUCCCUUCUUCCUCCAUCUUCCGCACCCCGGCCAAGGGCCACCGCGGCUCGGUCACCUCGGCCGUCGCGUCGCACGACGGCCAGUGGCUCUACACCUCGAGCAAGGACGGCGCCAUCCUCAAGUACUCGCUCGGCGCCGUCUCCUCUUCCUCCCCUUCCUCCUCCUCCACGGCCGACGCCGACCAGCCCCGCAUCACGCGCGUCGCCUACAUGAAGAAGGCCCUGUCCGAGUCGCAGAAGCGCAACGCCGAGAAGCACAAGCGCUUUGACGCGGCGCCGACGGCGGCGACGGGCGAGAAGGGCAAGGGCAAGGAGGUCGCCGAGGGCCACACGGACGAGAUCCUCGACCUCGCCAUCAGCCACGAUGGGCGGAUCCUCGCGAGUGCCGGGCGGGACAAGGUCAUCGGGUGCUGGAACGUCGAGGGCGACGGCGGCAAGUGGCUGCGAGGGCUCGGUGGGCACAAGGACGUCGUCGGGUCGAUCGCGUUCCGCCUCGGCACCAACGAGCUGUACUCGUCGUCGUACGACCGUACCGUCAAGUUGUUCGACCUGUCGACCCUGUCGUACAUCGAGACGCUCUUUGGCCACCAGGACUCGAUCCAGUCGAUUGACGCCCUGCGCGCCGAGGUCGCCGUCACGGCCGGCGGGCGUGACAAGACGAUCCGGUUCUGGAAGACGGCCGAGGAGUCGCAGCUCGUGUUUCGCGGUGGCGGAGCGAGCCGCAUGCGCAACGUCCUCGAUGGCGCCAUGGAGGACGAGGGCGUCGAGGACGAGGAGCGCAAGCGGCGCCGGCGGCGCGAGGAGGCCAAGGGCCCGGUCAAGUUUGUCGAGGGGAGCGUCGACUGCGUCGCCAUGGUCGACGACUCGACGAUGUUGAGCGGCGGCGACAGCGGCUCGAUCUGCCUGUGGAACAUCACCAAGAAGAAGCCCAUCUUUACGAAGCAGCUCGCGCACGGCAUCAACGAGCACGCGUCCGAGACCGAGGGCGUCAUCGGCACGGCGCGGUGGAUCACGGCGCUCGCGACGCUGCCGUACGGCGACGUGUUUGCGUCGGGCUCGUGGGACGGCUCGAUCCGCCUGUGGCGCAUCGACGAGCGCGUGCGGUCCUUCUCGCAGAUCGCGACGGUCGACGCGCCCGGGUUCGUCAACUCGCUCCAGUUGACGGCGCCGGCGCUGCGACCGACCAAGGAGACGCACGUCACGCCCGUCAACUUGGUCGCCAAGGGCGGCAGCAAGAAGGGCGGCGACGCGGCGGCGGGCGACAAGAAGCAGGACAAGGCGCUCAUCGUCGUCGCGGCGACGUCCAAGGAGCCGAGGCUCGGGCGGUGGAUGCGGUUCAAGGACGCCAAGGACGGCGCUCUCGUCGCCGUCAUCCCCAUGCAGUAGAUUUCGCAACGCACUUCUUUGCAGCAGCAG